AAGCUUCCUUAUUUAAAGGCAAGAACAGGGCAGUCAUCUAUAGUCCAACAAGAGCAAGAAUUAUUUGCAAUGAAUUCCAGAAGCUCCAACAAGAUAUCAAGAAUGAAAUACAAUCACUACACCCUCCUGAUGACCCUGAUCUUCAUGAUUAAUGAUUGCAUGGGACAGACUUCAUGUGUGGUGGACUCAUUCACUGUGAAGGAAGACUUUGACUCCAAACGGUAUGCAGGUAAAUGGUAUGCUCUGGCCAAGAAAGACCCAGAAGGAUUGUUUCUACAGGAUAAUAUCUCAGCUGAAUACACCAUUGAGGAGGAUGGGACUAUGACUGCGUCCUCCAAAGGCAGAAUGAAGCUUUUUGGAUUCUGGAUGGUCUGUGCUGAUAUGGCUGCUCAAUAUUCGGUACCUGAUCCCACCACACCAGCCAAGAUGUUCAUGAAUUACCAAGGGCUGGCAAGCUAUUUGUCAAGUGGAGGUGAUAAUUACUGGGUGAUUGACACAGAUUACGAUAACUAUGCCAUCACUUAUGCGUGCCGCACUCUGAAGGAGGAUGGGUCCUGUGAUGAUGGUUACGCCAUUGUUUUCUCCCGCAACCCUCGGGGCUUUGCCCCUGCCAUUCAGAAAAUUGUGCAGCAAAAGGAGGAGGAAGUCUGCAUGUCUGGCCUGUUCCAGCCUGUGCUACAGUCAGGGGCUUGUUAAAGCAAAACUCCUCCAGUCCAGAGAUGAAAUAAAAGGCCUAAUGUUGACAUCUCAAACAUGUUCCUCACAAAUUCCUUGAAUCCUUUUUCCCCCCUCAAAGCACAUUUAAGUUCUGAUUUCUAGUAUUUAGAUUUUUGAAAGAAAACUGGCUCAAGUAUAUAGCAAAUUACUUCUCAUAUUCUUGCAUAAACUGAUGCAUCAGUUUAAAAACUAGACCUUUUUCAAUUAUCUUUUAAUUUAACCUUUCUUGGGCAAUAUUCAUCUGCUAUGGCGCUGAAUCCUUCAGCAAAAGAUACAGGCCUUAUGAAUGUAAUUUUCCUACUGCAAACUUUCUCAAAAUCCUAUGCCAAGUUUUCUCUCUCCUGCAUUAAUUCCAUCUCUUAACUUAUUAAUUUAAAUAGAAAAAUAUCAGUUAUACACAAAGUGUUUAUGGAGAUUCUCAGUCAUCUAAGUCAUCGUAGUGAUGAUGUGAAAUGAUGAAGUGCUUUCUUUCAAAAGGCAACUGGCUUUUUUUUUUUAGCAAAACAAGAAAGUCCAGUUGCCUUUUGAAAACACCUUUAGGAUAGACGCAAGAGUUAUGUAUGGAAGGACAAACUAUUUGAAAAUUGUAGUUCACAGAAUACUUAACCUAGAUAUUGCAAGGGGAGGCUUUCUAUGGGGCCUCCACUAUUCUUUGUGUAGCUCCAUCCAAAAUGGACAAUCUCCAAUAUGCUGUUGCCAGCAUCUGCUAGAAAUAUAGAAUUGAGGAAGCUUCUCAAAUAAAGAUCCUGCAGACCAUCCACUGUAUCUGCUUACCAAGGAAAGAGAACAGCAUGGCUUUCUUGUUUUGAGUGUUUUAUUCAACAGAUGAAGUUUUCCCGGGCAAUUGGAAUACUGCAUCCAGUUUUGGUUGCCAUGAUGUAAAAAAGAUGUGGAGACUCUAGAAAGAGUACAGAGAAGAGCAACAAAGAUGAUUAGGGGACUGGAUGAUUAGGCUAAAACAUAUGAAGAACGGUUGCAGGAACUGGAUAUGUCUAGUUUAAUGAAGAGAAGGACUAGGGGAGACAUGAUAGCAGUUUUCCAAUAUCUCAGGGGCUGCCACAAAGAAGAGGGAGUCAAGCUAUUCUCCAAAGCACCUGAGGGUAGGACAAGAAGCAAUGGGUGGAAACUAAUCAAGGAGAGAAGCAACCUAGAACUAAGGAUGAAUUUCCUGACAGUUAGAACAAUUAAAUCAGUGGAACAACUUGCCUCCAGAAAUUGUGAAUGCUCCAAAAUGGAAGUUUUUAAGAUGUUGGAUAAUCAUAUGUCUGAAGUGGUAUAGGGUUUCCUGCCUAAGCAGCGGAUUGGACUAGAAGACCUCCAAGGUACCUUCCAACUCUGUUUAUUCUAUUCUAUUCUAUUCUAUUCUAUUCUAUUCUAUUCUAUUCUAUUCUAUUCUAUUCUAUUCUAUUCUAUUCUAUUCAUUGGUGGUUCUUCAAUCCUGGCUUCAGCUUUAUUCCUUACCGUGCUUGUCUAAUUAUUUAGCAAAUUAUCUGGUAUUUCUCAGUAGGAUUUAGAAAUUAUGCUCCAUGGGGGACACAUUUAUUUUAUAAAUUUGAACAAUGGGUUUUUUUUGUUUUCAGAUGUUGGUUAAAAAGGGCAUUGCAUUCAUUCAUUAGCUCAUGCUUAAAGAUCCUUAAAAGUAUUAUUUUUCCUAUUACCAUUUUCAAAUCCCUCUCUUGUUCACCGAUUAACUGUUUUACCUCCUACAUGUGCAGGGCGUAGUUUUUUGAUGAUGUCAAAGCACAUUUUAUUUAGAUUAGGCAGUUCCUCCUUCUCUUUAUUCCUUGGAACAUUUUCUUCAAUCCCUAUUGGUAUAGUGUCUUGGAGGUAUGGACAAAAUGGUCACAAGAAUUGUCUUUCUAAUGCUGCAAUGUAAUUUAUAACUGUGUAAAAAUAAGAUCGGUAUGAAUAAGGAUAAGAAUCCAUUUGAAUGAAUAAACCUCAUUAUGAA